AUGGCCGACAUCCCUCCCUACCCCCUCUACAACAGGACCUACAGCCUGUACCGCCUCUCGCCGCUGCACCAUGGCGCGUCCCCCCUCCUCAACGACGGCGCCCUCCACACGCACGCAAAACGGCUCAAGGAGCAGCUCAAGGGCGACCAUGUGCGCGGGGUACAGGUCGACUUCGCGGGCGCAGAGGACACGGCCAAGCUGGGCCCGCUGGAAGAGUGCAGCUGGGACUUGAUCGGGGAUGAGGAUGCCUGGAUUGACCGCCAUCGCCAGUCUGUAGAUCCAGACACAUCACACCACACCUCCACCCCUACCGCGGAUCGAGCGCGCGGUCUCGAGGUGACGCUCGAGUACGAGAAGCAGGCCUACAAUGCCCUCCUGCUGCGAGACCCCGCUUCCACCUCCUCGCCAGACGGCUUCACCUCGCUGCCCCUGCUGCUCGUUAAGAUGCCAGGACCGGUGCGCGACAUAUUCCUGCAGUACCUGAGAACAAGCUUCGACGCCCACGUUGCACCGCUGCGGUUGUCGCCACGCUUCAUCACAUCAAGUCUUGAAACCUACUUCAACCGUCUCUCAGCGAGCACUUCCACGCAGACAAUCCAGGACGUAGUGCGCCAACUGCACGUCCAGCUGUCAUUUCCUACGGUUACAACGCGCCUCAAACACAUUGAAAUUACCAUUGCAGGUGCCGACGUGCCCGGCUUCGUCAGUCGGGGCAAGCUCAUGAAAAACGCCCAAGACAGGCCCUUUACAGCCGCUCUUUCCACCUAUCUGAAACAUCACCUUGCCCUCGACAUAUCCCACCCUAAAGUCCAAAUCUCAAAGAUAGCAUGCAACAGCUUCCACCUUGGCACCGACCGCCUAAAGCUUUCUGCACCAGACACGCUUGCAGACACAUCGCUUUCGGACGAAGGAGCAAGUUCUCAAGAUGCAAGCGCAGGCCAGCUUGCUGUUCAGGACUUCUUCGCUUCACUAGUCCGAGAAGCUGCCGGCAGCGGAAAGUUCUUGCCCGAGGAUCUGGCAAAAGACCGAGAAGGCACGCCUUCCUCCACUACGAGUGCAAAGGCGGGAAGGAGGAAACGAGCAGUUAGUACCGCGGCGGCUGGGAACGAGAACAAGAAGAAGGCCAAAACAAGAGGCAAGGAGAAUGGCCAGAGACUCGCUGGCGAUGAUGAUAUGGUGGAUGUUUGA